AUGUCCGCCGCUUGCAACCACGUUGCUCCGGCCAAUCCCGUCGCGCCACGUCAUCACCGCCGCCUCCCCAACCAACCGCAACGUGCCACCUCUCCCCGCCGUAGCCUCCCACCGCGCCCCGCGCCGGCCCGCUCGGGCCCAUCGCGGACCCGCCCGGACCGAGACUCCGCCCCCCGAUCCCGCGUCCCCGCGCCGCCCGGGAUCUCCGCCGCCGACCGCCGCCGCCUCGCCUUCCCGCCGCCGGCGUGGCCCCGCCGCCGCGGAGAUGGUGCCGCCGCCGCGCGCCUCGGCUCCUCUGACCUCGCCGCCGUUUGCCGCCCGCCGGUGCCGCCCCUCGCCGCCGACCGCCGCCUUGUGCGCCACCUCCGCUCGCCGGAGCACCGCACCCUCGUCCCUCCGGCCGACCCAUCGUCGUCCCCGCCGUCUUCGGCUCCGGCCACCGCGCCGCUCGCCGGAGCACCCCGCCGCUGUCCUCGCCCGGAUCUGGUCAACCGGGACCAGAUCCACCGGUCCAUCCAACCAAAUGCCCCGUCCCGCUCCGCUUCGUCCCGGGACCUCUCCGUCCCAUUUCUGCGAGGCCCUGGUUAG